UUAAUUUUUUUUCUUGCAUGUCAUGUGCGGGGGCUCUGUAGUUUUACUUUUGUAAUAUCGAUUAUUUUCUCAUCCACUUUUUUGGAGGAGGCACUGCCUCCCUUGCCUCCUCGGAGGAAACACCCCUGGCACAGACUAAUGUCAUAACAUAAUUUUCAACACACUCAAAUGUAUCUAAUAUGAUAAACAGAGCUGUGUUACCUUAUACCGGAAAAGCGGAAGCAGCGCCGGCGACUGUGGCAUAAUAAAAGUCCCGCUGCUCGCGGCGUGUGUUGCGUUCGUCUCUCAUUAGCAAUCGCUCCAGCGGCCUCGUUCAGCUCCCACAACACUCGGCCCUGCUCUGCUUCGUACUACAGUAACGUUAAUAAUCGCAUCCAUGAACAUGAUUUCUGCCCGAGUCCUAUCCCGAUUUUUUUCCACUGGCUGUGAGGUGAAGACCACAUGUCCCAAGAUUUCUCGCUCAAACUCGGCGUCAUCAAGCUACGCCUUUGUUUUGAAUAGGCGACCUCUAGCGGACGAAAAACUACAUAUUGCACCUUUAAUUUCUUACUCCAUCCAUUGAAUUACAGAGGAAAUGUUAAUCUCGUGCAAAUAGUUUUCAGUUUUAUCCGUUUAAAAAAUAUGCAAGUUACAAUCAUGUUUAGAGAGAUAAUUUUCCUCCAAAUAAGAUCUGUCACUGAUUUCAUGACAUUAAUUCUUAUAGGCCCCGUUUACACUAGUGCGUUUUCGUUUUAAAACGCAUAAGUUUUGCUACGGUUACGCCUGUCAUUUACACUACGCCAGUGUUUUCGAAAACGUUGCAGACCCCGUUUUAGUUUGCGUUUCAGUGUAAACGGACCAAAAUGGAGACUUUUGAAAAGGAUGGCGUGGCUGCCACGUUCGCUCUGCGUAUCCUUGAAGACCAUGUAAACAAUAACAUGGAGACCGAACUGCAAAUUUUCCUGGCUUUGUUGUAAAUUUUAGCAGCCAUUGUGAAGUUAAUCUUACCAUUUUUUUUUUUUAAUACUGCAGCUGCCUACAUGCGCUACAGGCAACUGUUUACACUUGUAUGCGCAUGCCCAGUGUGCAUGAACAGUCAUGUGACAUGCGUUUUCGGCCGUGUAGUGUAGACGGAGAUCGCUUUUAAAAUGCUGUGGAAACGCCAGUGUAGACGAGGAUCAUUUUCAUUUUAAAAUGCUGUUUUAAAACAAAAUCGCACUAGUGUAAACGGGGCCUGUACACAGUUCCUUCAUCAACUGUGAGAAUCCAUGCUUUAAAAAUUCUACUUACUUUUUUUCUUUGGGUUGAAGUUACCAGUAUCAGUUUCCUUUCCCUCAAUAAUGUGUUUUGAUAUCGUUUUCACAUUAAAGUCUACACUGAAUCAUUUAAAAAUAAAAUAUGACAGGGACGUACUAGGAACUGUAACUGUAGAAAGCAAUGUGAUAACGCCUAACAGAGGGUUUGAAGAAUGGAUGGGAGAGGAAUCACUAGUUUAAAACAUCAAAAUUGAUUGAAAUCUAAUGGAUGGGUAUUUUAGCAGGAACUGAAUUUGCAGAGAUGAAAGUGGGUGUGAAAAAACCCAGAAGUAAAUGGGGAUUGUGCCCUCUGUCCCAUUAAAAAAGCUUUUCAAUAAAAAAAAAAAGCUUUUCAUUGUGGUUUUUAAAAUGACUUGAGCAAGCAAACAAACCACUGCUAAAUGCAUAUUUUCAAUAAACAAAUGUACAAAAAGCAGUAAAAAUAAACUUUUUUUUUUUAAAACCAUGAAUAAUUUAGAAGGCCUCCAUUUAUUAUCCAUUAAAAACACACAUCCCUUUACUUGUUCAGAUAUGACAGGAAGUUCGAAAUCAUUGCAAAAAAUGAGCUGAGUUUGCUUUUUUCCUCAUUCCGAGACUGACAGACACAUGCGGUGUGGCAGCUCUUCCCUGAACACCAGUACUUAAGAACUCUUACAUUACACAUUAAUCUAAUCCUAGCAAUUUCCCUGGGCUUUUAACAAGAGUGGGGAGACAGUAGACCAAGGAAUAAAUGUGAGAAGUUCGGUGGUAUAAGAACCAUAACAAGAAAUUAAAUCAAUUUUUAACUUUGAUCUCCAUCUUCUUCUGUUUGAAAGUCAAGUUCUGACAAAUAUUAGUAUUAUGUCAUUCUAUACAACUUCACUUUACUCUGUAAGAGGGAAAUGGGAUGAAUUAUGCUAGACAUGUCUGAAAGAUGAGAACUGCAAAGCUAUUAUAUUUCUCUGUGUUACUAAUAUGAUUUCAUAUCAUUUUGUUCACCUACAAAAGGACAGCAGGGGGCCUUAGCAAUGUUUAUUAAGACAGGAUUGAGAUCUAAUUCUAUGUUGUGUAAUCCUUAAAAGGAAUAGGCUAAUCCUAUUCAUACAGAUUCCAUCAGAAUGACUAAGCUAGACCUACAGUACAGUUUGUGUUCGAAAUUAGUUUAUAUAUGUGGAAGAACAGUUUACUUAGAGUAAGUAGUUUUUUCCUUUGCCAGUAAUGAACCACAGAAAUGUGGUUUUACUGUAGAUUACUAUCAUAACAAGGGAUUAUCUUUAGCCCUUUAUCUGCUGUUGAGAGGGACAGAACUGUCUGCCAUGUGAUAAAGACGUCCUGUCCUUUCACCAUGCACUCCUGUGUAAAUAUUUAAGACCAAUUUGUUGGAAAGGCCCAGUGAGAAUAUACCCAACCCCUUUGCACAUCUAGGAGAAGGUAAGUCCCAUAACUCUUGAACCAAUUUUUGGAGAAUUUCUUUUGUUAUUCAUUAGGCCCACAUAUUUUGAGUAGGCUAUAACUCCGGUGUUUUUCUGUCAGCAGGCUUUGGUGCACUAAUAAUGGCUGCAUAGUUGGUUUGUGGUGCGCUUCAAAACUCUUUACCAUUUCAGAUGUUCUUCUGGUUAUCAGUGUUCUCCAAGGAACCACAGGUUCCUGAUCAGCGCUCGCCUGAGGAAUUGGUAACUAAGAUGCUGAUGUUAGAGUUGGGCUUUUUGGUGAAGCGCACUGAGCGCCUCCGCCAGGAGAGGGCGACGGAGAACCGCAGGCGCAGCUCCUGUGUGGAUUACAGCUGGCUGGCUGCUGCUCCACAGAAAUCCUCCUAUGAGAUUCCACCUGGCGAGAUACUGGAGCUUCAGGACCUGUGUGCCAAGAUCCCUCCCUCCCAAUGCGGUCCCCUCAUUCUCAGGCUGAGGAAAGUGGUGACAGAGGUAGAGCCAGAUGUGACUGAGGUGUCUCGCCUGUUCCGUUCUGUUCUAUGCAACUACCUGGAUGAGGUGGAGGAGAGGACAGCCAGGGAGAGAGCACCGAAGGCUCGGGCCAAGCGCAGCAAGAGCAUGUCUGUCAUCAACCUGCGCAAACGGUUACGCAUCAACCCGCUCUGGAGCAGGGUCACAGCGGGGCGGGACGGUCAGGACCUAUCGGAGGAGGAUGAGGAGGAUGAAGACAAUAUUCAAAGGAACAGGAGGAUCAGGAGCAUGCCUGAUAUCAGUGUAGUGGAAGAAAGAGCGCCGACCUGAACAGGCUGUGUUUGGAAUAGAAAACUCUUUAUGACACUGGCAACUAGCUGUUUUUUUCUUUUGCUUCUUUUUCUUUCAUUUUACUCAGAUUAUAGAAUUGCUGGUUCCCCAGUUAUAAUGGAAGAAAGCUUUACUUUUCACUUUUUUCUUAUUCAAGCAUUUUAAAGGAUUAGUCCACUUUUAAAUUAAAAUUUCCUGAUAAUUUACUCACCCCCAUGUCAUCUAAGAUGUCCAUGUACUUCUUUCUUCAGUCGAAAAGAAAUUAAGGUUUUUGAGGAAAACAUUUCAGGAUUUUUCUCCAUAUAACGUUAGUGGACUUCAAUGGCCUCCAAACGGUUGAAGGUAAAAAUUACAGU